AUAAAAUUUUUCGAAUAUCUGGUGUUUUUGCAGAACACUAAUUAAUAUUAUUGCACAAUUAAAUACCUUUGGCUUUUGUUUAGCAGCUGUAAAUCAUUUUAAAAUUUCUAUUAACCAUAUACAUUUAGCUGUACUUUGUACAUAAUGAGAUAUGGCUAUGACUGUUAUAUGUAAAUAGUAUAAGGUUAUGUUUUAUCUGAUGUCUUUUGCCCGUCAAAAGUAAAACAUGGAUCCCAAUAUCUAUGCAUUAGUGCUAGAUACGCUUAACCGAGCCACCAGCCAAGAAGCUGAGGUUCUGAAGCCUGCAGAGAAGAAGCUACAAGAAUGGGAAAUAGAACCAGGAUUUUAUUCUGUACUAUUGAAUGUUUUAUCAAAUCAUUCAAUUGAUAUAAACGUCAGAUGGCUGGCUGUAAUGUGUUUCAAGAAUGGAGUGGACCGUUAUUGGCGGCGGAAUGCUCCAAAUGCCAUUACAGAUGAAGAAAAACACAAACUUCGGCAAGGACUUCUGACUACUCCAAUUUUAAAUGAGCCAGUCGCCCAAAUUGCAACACAACAAGCAGUAUUGAUUGCUAAAAUUGCUAGAUUUGAUUGUCCUACAAACUGGCCUAACCUGCUACCAGACCUGAUAGGAGCAAUGAAAGCACCACAACCACUGAUGCAACAAAGGUCAUUGCUUAUCUUUCAUCAUGUUGUAAAAGCUCUAGCUUCAAAAAGACUUAUUGAAGACAAGAGAACAUUUCAGGAACUGACUAUAUCAGUAUACUCCUUCAUACUCAAUCUAUGGCAUGAGAAUACAGAAUUAUUUCUCCGCCAUAUACAAGAAGGAGCGGCUACAGAAUUGAUAACAGAGCAUUUGGAAAAGGCACUUCUGUGUUUAAGAAUAUUGAGAAAAUUAACAGUAUUUGGUUUCAAAAAACCACAUGAAAGUCAGGAUGCCAUUGCUUUUCUCAAUGUCGUGUUUGACAGGGCUAAGACGAGCUUGGAAUGCAGAAAACUACUAAAAGGCCGUGGGAUAUAUCCUUUAGAGUUAUGCGAAAAGUUUAUAAUUCACCUGACAAAGGUGGCACUUGGAGUUUUGUUUUAUCAGCCCUUAUCCUACAUUCCUCUUAUUCGACCUUCUUUGGAGUUUGCUCUAUACUACUGUUUCACCGAACAAGGCAUGUCCCUAACAUAUGAACGAUUCACAAUACAAUGUCUUAACAUAUUUAAAGGGAUAUUGCAAUGUGUCGAAUACAAGCUUCCUAAAGGAACAGAACCAGUAAAGGAGCCUUUGACGCUCCAAGCUCACCAGAUGAAGACGGAGGUGUUGGACCAGAACACAGUGUGCCACAUGUGCCGCCACCUCGUGACGCAUUACUUCCUUCUGAGUGGAGACGACCUCGCGCUGUGGGACGCGGAGCCCGAGAGCUUUGCCACCGACGAGGCGGGGGAGUCCUGGAAAUAUAGCUUGAGGCCAUGUACAGAAGCAGUCUUUAUGGAAUUGUUCCACGAGUUCCGAACGGUUCUCGCACCAGAGCUAGUCCGUCUCCUCGCCUCGCUGCAGGAGAGCCAAGUGUCGCCGGAUGACUUGCCUGCCAUUUUGAAAAAAGAUGCUAUUUACAAUGCCGUUGGACUCGCAGCCUUCGAUCUGUAUGAUGAUGUUGACUUUGACGAGUGGUUCACGAAUGUUUUAAGCCAAGAGCUUAAAAUUAAAGAUAAUAACUACAGAAUAAUCAGGAGAAGAGUAUGCCAGCUGAUCGGCCAAUGGUGCGGCGUGCGCGCUUCGCAGGCCCUGCGGCCGGCGAUGUACUCGGCGCUCCUGGAGCCGCUGACGCGCGCGGGCGAGGACCCGGCCGUGAAGCUCGCAGCCGCUGAAGCGCUGCGCAGCACGAUAGACGACUUCAACUUCAACGUGGAACAGUUCGCGCCCUACGCACCACACGCGCUCUCCGCGUUGUAUGAUCUCCUGGUGGAGUGCGAGGAGUGCGAGACGAAGAUGCACGUGCUGCACGUGGUGUCGUUCGUGACGGAGCGCUGCGGGUGGGCGGUGGCGCGCGGCGGCGGCGCGGGCGCGCUGUUCGCCGUGCUGCCGGCGCUGUGCACGCACGCGCAGCACCACCACAUGCUGCGCGCCGCGGCGCUGGCGGCGCUCGUGCACCUCGUCAAGGCGCUCGGCGAGUGCGCGCCCAACGUGCGGCCGUGGGUGCUGAACGUGGUGAACGAGUCCACGAAGCUGAGCGAGCCGGCGCACGUGUACCUGCUGGAGGACGCGCUGGAGCUGUGGCUCGCCGUGCUGGAGACGUCGUCCAGCGCCGACCCCGCGCUGCUGCAGCUGGCGCACAACCUCUACCCCAUACUGGAGCAGUCGACGGAGCACCUGCGGAUAGUGGUGUACAUAAUGCAGGCCUACGCGCUGCUGUGUCCGGAGGAGUUCUUCACGGACGCCGGCGCCAAGUGCAUGUGCCUGCUGGACGACAUGCUGAGCGACAUGCGCACGGAGGGAGUCAUCACCGUGCUCAAGAUGGCCGAGAUCUGCGUCAGCGUGGGCUUUCCCGAGAGGAACGCCUUCCUGGGGGUGAAGGUCGUCUGGCCCACGCUCCUCAGGGUCAUACACUGUCUUCUGGAUGGUGACGACUUACCAAUGGUCCUGUCGGUGAAGUUGUGUCUCCUGUCGCGGGUGAUACUGCUCUCCACCGAGCUGUUCUACAAGGCGAUACAGGAGGCGUCCGUCUGCCUCGUCGAAUACGACUCUGAUCCCGCCAAAGUGUUGAACAGAGUUCUUCACGUGUGGACCGAGAAGAUGAACCUUGUGACGCAAGUUGAGAGGUGGAAGGUUGUCGGGUUGGGCUUGGCAGCGCUCCUCACGACACAGAACGCGACAGUUCUCGAACGCUUUCCCGCCAUUUUGUUAAAUCUGACUGAAGUUCUCAAUGACGUCAUGAAGAUGGAAGAAUCAGGAAAUUAUAUCGAUGCGCUGGUGUCGCCGCCGGGCUCGCGGCCCGCGUCGCCGCUGGAGGGGCGCGGCGGCGCGGCGCGCUGGGAGGGCGCGGGCGCGGGAGCGGGCGCGGGCGAGGGCGAGGAGGGCGCGCGCUCGGCGCACGAGCUGCGGCGGCGCCGGUUCGCGGCCGCGCACCCCGCGCGCGCGCUCGACCUGCGCGCCGUCACGCACCAUCAGCUAGAAACACUAAAGAGUCAAGUGGGACCCGAAACCUUCGAAAGGUUACUACAAUCGACGGACAAGGAGACGCUCCAGCAAAUAAGAGAAUACAUACCUCUUUAAAUAUUUUUAAUAAAAAAUCCUCAUUUUUCAUUUCUCGUAUUCAUUUUGUACAAUUUCCGCACAAGGAAAUGUAUGUAUUUUUUUAAAUUAAUUCAAGAGUUUCGAUUGUGAAAGCAGACAUACCCUUUAAUUUUAAGGGUAUGUGUCCGAGGUUUUAUUGUUAGGAUUUUUUUUUAUAUAAUUCCGUUCAUUUUAUAACAUCCGAAUGCUUUGAUAUCGCGAUAAUUAAAAAAUAAACUAAUUAUAGUUUUUAGUUUUAUAGGUACAGCUUAUAAAUAAAAUAUAUACAUAAUUAUGUGAUAUACUUACGAUUUUCCUACACAGCUUUAAAUAUAAGGCGUUUGUACAUGGCAUUAUAUAUAUUUUCAAACAUGUUAAAUAAAUAAUAGGUAUUCCCAAUAACUGUUCAAAUUUUAAGAUGACUUUUAAAUCAUAAGAAAAAAAAGAUAGUGCUUUUAUUAAACUUAUCAGAAAUUGAAAAUAAAAAUUCGAGUUUUAUUUCUAAUUAGUUUAAAAUGUCUAUUACCUUAAAGUGAUCGUAAUUAUAUCUGGAAUAGAAGUAAUAUCAUAUGCAAUAUAACCUAGGCGUAAGGAGUUAUAUGCACAACAAAUUAUUUAAAAAAACAAAAAAAUUACAUAAAUAUUUUGCAUCCAUCAUUUAAUCAAUCAUAAAAAAAUAUCAAUCAUAAGUUUAGCUACAAAAGAAAUAUUAUUGCGGGUGAGAAUGAGGGAAAGCAUUAUGCAGCAUUUGAACAGCAUAGUAAGCAUUUGAACAUUAACUAUAAGGCGUUUAAAAUUAACAUUCGUGAAAAAAUAUAUAAAUUAAGAAAUGUUGCCUGGUAACCUAUAUUUUGUUUUAAUUAUAUAUUUAUAAUUGUCAUUUGGAUGUUCUAUAAUUAUAUAAAUUUAAGAGGAUUUACGUCGUUGGCUUUUAUCGAUUUGGCGAUACUUAUAAAUGUGCCGCGCAUAUAUUACGUAAAAAAUUCGUGAGAAAUAUUAUGAAAAAUUUCGAAAAUAAACCGAAGGUUCCCUUUGUGUUAUAUUAUUCAAUAUUUUGAUGUCAAUAAAUAAAUCUUGUGGCAAAAUGUUUUGGUAUAAAAAGCAAAAAAUAUCAGUACCGAAGAAGACGUUAGUAAUUUCUAUUACUCCUAAUUGUUUUGAAUAUUUUGUAAAUUUUAAAUCAAAUAUUACAAAUUAUUAAAAAAAAGUUUUAUUUUAAAUGACCGUUCACAAUUUUUCGACAGUUUAUCAUCGGUCUAUAUUUAUUUCAGGUUAUUGGUUUUCAAAAUAAGUAGCAGUCAUCAUGAAUAUCUGUAAAAUUAGUCUGAGUGAAAUGGUUUAUUGUAACAAGUUGAUCGAGAUAAAAUUAUAUUUUCAAUCGGUAUAAACCGGAGUUUUGGUUUAUUCUAAAUUCGGAAUUGUUAUUUGGGGGAAAUGGUUAUCAGUCUACUAGACAUUUCAAAAACAUAUGUACCUUCCAAAAUAUUCUAGGUAAAAAGGCAUAUUUUAUAACCUUUUAUUAUCAUAGAGAUUGAAUAAAUGGCAACAUUUCUUGCAAUAUAAAAAAAUAUAUAAAUGUUUAUUAAAAAAAUAGUAAUGGAAAAAAAAUGUAUUUCAUCUCAAACAAAAAUGUAUUGUAAUUUGUAUAUUAAUUUUUAAGAGCAAUAAUUUGUCGGUACUAUAUUUGCUUGUAACUUUAAAAUCAAUGUACACGGUUAAAAAUCUAUU